AUGGCUGCUGGGCUUAAGGAGUUGCAGCCGGGAUUGAGUGUGAAGUUUGGUGGCCGGGCAAGAAGUUUGGCAGCCGAGUCUCCAGGAGCUUGGCGGCCGAGUUUGCAUCAGCUGGAAGCUAGAGUGGCAGUCGGGCUUGGAGUAGCUGGAAUUGAGAGGGGUUGCAGUCGGGCUUCCAGCGGCCGGGGUCGUUGGAGCUGGAGCGGCCAGAACCCAGAGCUGGUGCUGGGCUGA